GUUCACAUCCACUCAUCGCUGCUUAGAUCUCUUUCCUUCUCAUCCACCAACCACCAUCACCACUACUCUUCACUUGAACGCCAAUAAUAUAAAUCAUGUCGACCUCAGGACUCGAGAAAGUCUCGUCUAACAAGGCGUUCGGUGGUGAGCUCACGAAGUACAAGUUCAAGUCUGCAGCCCUCGGAGGCCUCGACGCGAACUUCAAUCUGUUCAUCCCCGCUAAUGAGAGUGGUGAAAAGCUGCCUGUGCUGGUUUACCUUGCUGGGUUGACUUGUACGGAGGAUAAUGGGGCUCAGAAAGGUGCCUUCCUCGGCCCCGCAGCGAAGGAAGGUAUCGCUAUCCUUUUCCCUGAUACUUCUCCGCGUGGCGCGGGGAUCGAGGGAGAAGAUGCGGACUGGGACUUUGGUACCGGCGCUGGCUUCUACCUGAACGCGACAAACCCAAAGUACGCGAAACAUUAUAACAUGCGCACCCACGUCACGCUCGAACUCCCACAAGUCAUCGAGUCCGCCGGACUGCCCAUCGACUUCCGCCGCGCCUCCAUCUUCGGCCACUCCAUGGGCGGCCACGGCGCCCUAACUCUCUACCUCUCCACCCUAACCGCCCAAUCUCACUCCUCCGCCUCCACCACCGCGCCGCUCUCGCAGACCGGGUACGCGUACCGCUCCGUGUCCGCGUUCGCGCCGAUCUCGAACCCGGUGAACGCGCCGUGGGGGAAGAAGGCGUUCGGCGGGUAUUUGCAGGGCGGGACGGAGGAGGCGAGGGGGAUGUAUGAUGCGACGGAGUUGAUUGGCAAGGUUGGGGGUGGGAAGAAGGUGGAUGUGUUGGUUGAUUAUGGAACGGCGGACAACUUCUAUAAGGCGGGCCAGCUCCUACCGGAGAACUUCGUGAAAGCUGCACGGGAGGCUGGGUUCGACGAGUCGCAGGUGGUUGUGCGCGCACAGGAGGGAUACGACCAUAGUUAUUUCUUUAUCUCGACGUUCGGAGAGGACCAUAUCAAGUUCCAUGCGAAGUUCUUGAAGGCCUGAAUGCGACCCAUUGUUUGAGGUGAUGACCAUGACCGAGUACUCCUUGUGUAUUCUAAAAAAGGGAAGAAGUUUUAUCCAUGUAUCAAUGUUUGAAAAUCAUCAUAUCCAUUGUCGCAA